UUUUGUUUUGUUUCCAGUGAGCACAAGCUAUCAUCACGCCGAAUAUUUCAGAACGACGGGGAUUCAACCCAAUCGCUUCUCAGAUUCGCCGCCGCCGUCGCCGCCAUCCGCACCACUCAGCUACACACACGGGGCUGGGCUGGACUGGACUGGAAUCGGGAACCCGUCGUGCUCAGAGCUGCGACGGCGCGUUUAUUCAGUCACGUCAAACACUCACAUGCUUGUCGGUCCCUGUUGCACCUGGACCACCACCAGCAAGGUGACAGGACAGGACAGGCCAAGAAGACUUGCCCGAAGACAGGACAGCGCUGGUGAUUGGUGAUCCAACACUGGUCAUCGGCACACCCUCCGGAGUGUCCACCCAGUCCGUACGGCACGGUACGGUCGGUGCGACCCCCUGGUACCGUUGUUGCCCCCUCCGUAAAUCCCGGGUCGGACCGGGAGAGAGAAUCCGUCCGAGGCUUGGGCUUGCUGGUGGGGCUGAGUGGGUGUGUCACCCCGGGCCUCCGUUUUCGGGCAAAGCAUCGUUACACCCGGCCACCCAACUGCCGGAUCUCGGCCACGGCCACGGUCCCGCUCUUCUGGGCCGACUCCCCAGACGAUAUUCGACGUUAUCGAACUAUCAAACAAUCCAGGUGUCUUCAUUGUCACCUUUACCCCGCCGCGUACAUAUCUAUAUACGGUAUGCUAGGUGGCCCGGUUUCGACGCACUCGUCUUUAAUAUAUCUCUCGCACACUCACUCUCUGGGUUCAUACAACGAGUUUCGUUCCUUGGCUUCAACUAGCCUUAAUUAGUUGUCUCUUGUUCCUAACGUGCGUAUGCUAUAACCUUGGCAUAGCCUUUGACACAACAGGUCUUUUGAGUAUUUCGCGCGUUCAUCUCAAUUGAUUUGGAAAAAAAGACAAGAUGCCAGCCAUCCUUGACGACCCCUCAGCCGGAACGAUUUACCGCGUCUCUGGAGCGGCUCCCUAUCCAGACCCUGCUCAUCCCUCGUUCCCGCCCACCAUUGUCCCUCGCCAUGUGACUCUGCGGGAUCGCCAGACGGUGGCUACCGUCGUCCCCUUUGCCUCACGCCAUCAGGUGCCCAAUUCGCUGCUGCACUAUCUCCAUGAUCAGUUCAACAAGGAAAUCGAGGGUGGUGAUACGUACCCCAUGUUGGACGCCAUGCCCUUCGACAAGUUUGCCGACUACUGGUUCCAAAACUUUGCUGGUGUCAUGCUCCUCGGCCAGAUCGAGCGCGGCGAGGACAUUGUCGACAACAAGAACUGGUCGACAGAGUGCUUGGGCACCUUCUACAUCAAGCCCAACUACCCUGGCCGCAGCAGCCACAUCUGCAAUGCUGGCUUCAUCGUGACGGAUGCCUCCCGUAACCGCGGCGUCGGGCGUCUCAUGGGUGAGACCUACUUGGACUGGGCACCCAAGCUGGGCUACACGUACUCGGUCUUCAACCUCGUGUACGAGACCAACGUGGCGUCGUGCAAGAUCUGGGACGGCUUGGGCUUCAAGCGCAUCGGCCGUGUCAAGGGGGCCGGCAACCUCAAGAGUUACCCCGACCGUCUGGUGGACGCCAUCAUCUUUGGGCGGGACUUGGGCGACGCGGCAGGUAACGAAGAACUUGCUUCGUAGCGCCGCGACUCACUACAAGCUGGUCGACGGUGACAUUCUCAUGCUAAAGGACAAAGAGGUCAUCUCGGACCCGCGCCGCCAGUACGACAUUGCAAGAGAGGUACACAACCAGUCACAUGCGGGCAUCAACAGAACCACGGCCACCAUUGCCGAGCGCUACCACUGGAGUCGUAUCAAGGAGACGGUCUCGGAUGUAAUUAGGAACUGUUCUGAAUGCAAAGAACUGGGAAAGUCGUCAUUGUCAUCCACGUCCCAAGCUCAGCAGCACCAGCACCAACCGUCCUUGUCUAACAUCAUGACCACAACGUCCAGCGGCAUAAAGCGUCCGAAUCUUAGCCCGCCCGUUGGGGCCAGCAGCUCCAAGCGAUCAUCGCCCAUUCCAUCUCCUGGGUUUGCUCCGGCGGGUCAUACUGUCACCAUAGCCGAUCAGCCCAGGACGUACUCCAUACCUGCCUUGCCGCCCGAGCCACCAUCUCACAUAGAUCCCUAUGCUGCCUCCUCAUCGCAUCACUAUAACCAAAGCCAUCCGCAUUUUACUGAUGCCAGCGGUCACCAAAUCUCCAUCUUGACUUCCCCUUCCCC